ACAAUAAUGUCGACCAGCGAGCGUUUCGACUGCCAUUACUGCAAAGACUCCCUGUUGGGGAAGAAGUACAUAAUGAAAGAGGACACGCAGUACUGCACUAAGUGCUAUGAGAACCUGUUUUCCAACUGCUGUGAGGGCUGCUCUUUAGCAAUUGGAUGCAACAGCAAGGACCUGUCCUACAAGGAUCGUCAUUGGCACGACCAGUGUUUCAAAUGUGCAAAGUGCAGCCGCUCUCUGGUUGAAAAGGCCUUUGCAGCCAAGGAUGAUCUGUUGCUCUGCACUGAAUGUUACGCCAAUGAUUAUUCAUCUAAGUGCACCACCUGCAAGAAGACCGUCAUGCCAGGUUCCCGCAAAAUGGAAUACAAGGGGAACAGCUGGCAUGAGACCUGCUUCCUGUGCCACCGCUGCCAGCAGCCAAUAGGAACCAAGUCCUUCAUCCCUAAAGACACCGGCUUCUUCUGUGUGCCCUGCUUUGAGAAGCAGUUUGCCUACCAGUGCUGCGCUUGUAAGAAGGCCAUCACAACAGGUGGAGUGACCUACCAAGAUAAGCCGUGGCACCGCGAGUGCUUCCUGUGCAUCGGCUGCAGAAAGCAGCUGUCAGGUCAGCGCUUUACCUCCAGGGAGAACUACCCAUACUGCCUCGAGUGCUUCAGCAACCUGUAUGCAAAAAAGUGUGUGGGCUGCACCAAGGCCAUCACCAGUCUGGCAGGAGCCAAGUACAUCUCUUUUGAGGAGCGUCAGUGGCACAGCGAGUGUUUCACCUGCAUGCAGUGCUCCGUGUCUCUGGUGGGACGUGGCUUCCUAACCCAGCGCGACAACAUCUUGUGCACCGACUGCGGCAGGGAGAAGUGAUCUCAUCAUGAAGGGGUCAGAGUGACUCUAGGAGCUCUUACUCUGAAAGAGAUAUGAGUUACUCAUUAAAAUUUCUUCUCAGCAUGCCUGCUUCAUGAACAAACUGAAUGUAAAAUGUUUUUUGGUUUUAAAAAUGAGCAUUAGUGUUUCACGCUCACACAAAAACCGAGAUGUUUUCAUAAAGAUGACAAGGGCUAUUGAAAGCUAGAGCACCGUUUGGUUUUUUAAUCAAUGUACUGUAUUAUUUAUAUUUGAAUACUUGUUGUAUUCAGAAGUAAAAUACCCUUUUUUCCCUUGAAUGCUUCCUAACAAGGAUUAAAUAAUGUUAGAAAAAUACAAAGCUGGAGAGACAAUUCAUAAGUUGACUGGUAGAAAACUUUAAUUUUAUUAAUAUAUUAAUAUUUUUGUAACUUUGAAGCUAAAUCCCAGCUUCCUAAGCCUUUUAUUGUUAUAAUUACUUUGUCCCCUAUGACAUCAAAUGUAAUAUUUUUAGAUUUUAGAAUGUUGUGCAGAUAAAAAUAGAAAUUAAAAAACAACAUUUUAGACUCCAGGAGAUUAUGAGCAUGGGUAAUAUGAGUAUUUUCAAUGUUUUCGGCUAUUUUAUGGACAAAAAUAUUAGUGGAUGAUUAACGAAAAUAAUCAGCAGUUUGUUGAUACUGGAGAAUUUCUUGAAGCAUUGAUUUCUGACUUUCUCCACACGUUUUCCUUUUGUAUGUAAGGGCACACUGGUUAUGGUUGCCUAUUUGAAAAAUGUAUUCAUACAGCAGAACAUAAUGCAUCAUGUA